AUGACGGUUGAAAGUGAUUCCGUGACUGGUGCCACCAUCGAGCUCCUAGAGGGACGUCUGCGCCGCCUCACCUACCUCCUAGGUGGCGCAACUGACUGGACGGGGAUCCCAUCAACGCCCGAGAAGCCAGCCUCCCUCGAAGAGACCGUAUCGCGUCGACUUGCAAGCUUGGAGCGAGAGCUGGAGAAGCUCAGUCGCAGCGUUCCUGUUGUAAGGGACGUGAUCCAGCUCCACGACCGCUUUCCCGAUCUGUUCCAAUCCCCGCCUUCUCACGAAAUUCCAGAAGGCCUCUCCACACGCGCCCUUACCUCAAUUGUACUUUCCUACGCGACCGCUUUCCCAGAAACCGCCUCCCGGCUCACAUCUCUCAAUGAUCUCCCCAUCCCGGAUGCCCAGAGCUCCGCUACACUGAUCGACCUCCAACCGCGUAUGGACCGCGUCGCACAGACACAGGCGGAGCAAGCGGCAGAGAUCUCAGAAUUGCGGGUGCGCACAGCGAAGGUGUUACAGCGAUGGUACGAGGUAGGGCUUGUAGGGAGCGGAGAGUGCUGGGCCGAAUGGGAGGCACGAUUGGAAGGUGUGGAGAGAGGAGUUAGAAGAAGAGAGGUUGUCAAGGAGAGGAGGGAGAAUGAGAUUUGA